UUAACUACCGCCAAAACGAGAAAGUGGCAGCAAUGUAGAUCAGAUUGGACUACGCUUGGCGCCAGUUUUCUGGUCCGACGUGUGAGGGUGAAACGGCUGUACGUCAGCCUGGCUCGACGCUUGCAAAAAGCACGUCGUCGAUCCUAAGUUUGCUGCUAAUAAGAUGCCCUCGAGAGCACUUUCCGAGCUUUCAUGGAUGUUACCGCAGUAUGAGCGGCAGGCCUACCCCACGCUGUUGAUAGCGCGAGGUGAAUGGAGUCGAACGGCACUCUCCUACUCUAGAAUCGGUUCCAUCAAUGAUAGAGCGGCAGAUUCCGCUCAAGUUUCAACAACGCGACGGGAAACCAUGUCAGGCUUGAGUUUCCCUCCGUCAUUUUCCUGUCCAAAAUCACCUGCCAGCCGCGAUAUCACAAAGUCUUGGCUCCUUUGCCAAGCCGCCCAUCCUCGCCGCAGAUCGUCUCGGCAUCGUGGAUCGCGGCCCGAUUCGGCAAGUGCACCACGCGUUACAACAACACGGACACAACAGCGACUUCAAACCGCAAACCAGCACACGUCCUGCAGUGCUGAAAUUAACAUAGUGUUGACUUUGCUCCUACGAUUCAACCGCUCCCCGAACAUUUUUCUGUCAAGAUUGAGUGCUCGCUAACCAGAGGCAAUGCCGGUAGACGUCUCGGGCGAAUUCUGCAACUUCCCAUCAACUCUCUCCUGUCGCAGUUGGCCAAGCUUCCGCACAGCGCCUCCCGCCAUGGCAUUUUCGACGCAA